AUUUCAACUUCCGGUUCUCGGGACUCGCUAUUUUUUUUUCUCCUAGCAGGAGCGACGCAAAGGGCAUCAGGACGCCGGACGGAGGAUUUCUAAUCAGGUUCUAGUUCAAAACUUCGGGUGUGUGAAUCAUUCACCCUUAACCGGAAACUCUGUCACAAGCUGGGAAAGAAGUUCUGACGGGUCUCCCCGCUGCCCUGUGGAACCGGAAAGAAACCAGGAAUCUGUCUGCGGGACGUCAGAGAAGAGGCUGGUCUUCCGUCCGGGACUCGGGAGGUGACGUGUCGUCGUUCUCUGUGCUGGAAGCAGGAACACCCGGGAUCACGUGUUGUGUUUGAGCGUGAGAGCUCUCUCUCUUAUCGGACUGCGAUGCACCGCUUAAGGACUUGUGCGGUGCGGCUUCGGCCGCUCACGGCCUCUCAGAGCGCUAAGACCCUGACACAGCAGAGGCCCGCGGCCACACUCAGGACGUUUCAGCCAAUCAGGCGCUACACUGCACCGGUGGCCGCCGAGCCGUUUCUGAACGGCACGAGCUCGAACUAUGUGGAGGAGAUGUACUACGCCUGGCUGGAGAACCCCAAGAGCGUGCACAAGUCUUGGGACAUUUUCUUCAGGAACGCUAAUGCCGGGGCUCCCCCUGGCACCGCCUACCAGAGUCCCCCUCCUCUGGGCAUGAGCCUGGCCGAGCUGACGCAGGCCCAGAUGCUGGUUGGUGCUCAGCCCAAUGUGGAGAAGCUGGUGGAGGAUCAUCUGGCUGUGCAAUCACUCAUCAGAGCUUAUCAGAUCCGGGGUCACCAUGUCGCUCAGCUGGACCCUCUGGGGAUCAUGGACGCCGAUCUGGACUCGUGCGUCCCCACCGACAUUAUUACGUCUUCGGAUAAACUCGACCUUACACAUUUCAAGGAUCGGCUAAGUGUUCUUACCGUCGGAGAGUGUGACUACCAUUCUGACUUAUCUGAAAGCUUUAAAAGGGGAUUCUACGGAUUGGAAGAGUCAGAUCUGGAUAAAGUGUUCCGUCUGCCUACUACCACCUUCAUCGGGGGCACGGAGAGUGCUUUGCCUCUGCGGGAGAUCAUCCGACGCCUGGAGAUGGCGUAUUGCCAGCACAUAGGAGUGGAGUUCAUGUUCAUUAAUGACCUGGAGCAGUGCCAGUGGAUCCGUCAGAAGUUCGAGACUCCCGGAGUCCUGCAGUUCAGCUUGGAGGAGAAACGCACGCUGCUGGCCCGCAUGGUCCGCUCCACCAGGUUUGAGGAGUUCCUGCAGAGGAAGUGGUCCUCGGAAAAACGUUUUGGCCUGGAGGGCUGUGAGAGCCUCAUCCCCGCCCUCAAGACCAUCAUUGACAAAUCCAGCGAGAGCGGCGUGGAGAGCGUCAUCAUGGGAAUGCCGCACAGAGGGCGACUGAAUGUGCUUGCUAACGUGAUCAGGAAGGAGCUGGAGCAGAUCUUCUGCCAGUUCGACUCCAAGCUGGAGGCUGCAGAUGAGGGUUCAGGUGAUGUGAAGUACCACUUGGGCAUGUACCACAGGAGGAUAAACCGCGUGACGGACAGGAACAUCACUCUGUCUCUGGUGGCCAACCCGUCUCACCUGGAAGCCGUGAACCCGGUGGUCCAGGGCAAAACCAAGGCCGAGCAGUUCUACUGCGGUGACACCGAGGGCAACCGGGUAAUGUCCAUCCUGCUCCACGGAGAUGCUGCUUUCGCCGGCCAGGGCAUCGUCUACGAAACCUGCCAUCUGAGCGACCUGCCGUCUUACACUACACACGGCACAGUGCACGUGGUCGUCAACAACCAGAUUGGCUUCACCACUGAUCCCCGUAUGGCCCGCUCGUCCCCGUACCCCACCGAUGUAGCGCGAGUGGUGAACGCGCCAAUCUUCCACGUUAACGCAGACGACCCAGAGGCCGUCAUGUACGUGUGUAACGUCGCCGCCGAAUGGAGAGCCACCUUCCACAAAGAUGUAGUGGUUGACCUGGUGUGUUACCGGCGUAACGGCCAUAACGAGAUGGACGAGCCCAUGUUCACACAGCCGCUCAUGUACAAGCAGAUCAAGAAGCAGAAGCCUGUGCUGCAGAAAUACGCAGAGAAACUCAUCGCAGAGGGAGCCGUCACACGCCAGGAGUAUGAGGAGGAGAUUGCCAAAUACGACAAGAUAUGUGAGGAGGCUUACGCUCGCUCCAAGGAUGAGAAAAUCCUCCACAUCAAACACUGGCUGGAUUCCCCUUGGCCUGGUUUUUUCACACUGGACGGCCAGCCCAAAAGCAUGACCUGUCCAUCUACAGGAUUGACUGAGGAGGAACUUGCACAUAUUGGUCAGGUGGCAUCAUCAGUCCCUGUGGAAGACUUCACCAUUCACGGGGGUCUGAGUCGGAUCCUGAAGGGUCGUGGUGAGAUGAUCCGGAACCGGAUGGUGGACUGGGCUCUGGGAGAGUACAUGGCCUUUGGUUCUCUGCUGAAAGAGGGCAUCCACGUGCGCCUCAGUGGCCAGGAUGUGGAGAGAGGAACCUUCAGCCACCGUCACCACGUCCUUCAUGACCAGAACGUGGAUAAGAGGACGUGUAUCCCCAUGAACCACGUCGCCCCGAACCAGGCUCCUUACACCGUGUGUAACAGCUCACUCUCGGAGUACGGAGUGCUGGGUUUCGAGUUGGGGUUUGCCAUGGCCAGUCCUAACGCUCUGGUUCUGUGGGAGGCCCAGUUUGGAGACUUCCACAACACAGCCCAGUGCAUCAUCGACCAGUUCAUCUGUUCCGGACAGGCCAAGUGGGUCCGUCAGAACGGCAUAGUGCUGCUGCUGCCACAUGGCAUGGAGGGCAUGGGUCCCGAGCACUCAUCAGCUCGCCCCGAGCGCUUCCUCCAAAUGUGCAACGACGAUCCUGAUGUUUUCCCUAAAAUCACAGAGGACUUCGGGGUGCAGCAGCUGUACGACUGUAACUGGAUCGUGGUGAACUGCUCCACUCCGGCCAACUACUUCCACGUGCUGAGGAGGCAAAUCCUGCAGCCCUUCAGGAAGCCUCUCAUCGUUUUCACUCCCAAAUCUCUUCUGCGCCACCCAGAGGCCAAGUCCAGCUUUGACCUGAUGCUGCCUGGGACACAUUUCCUGCGUGUCAUCCCAGACGAAGGUCCUGCAGCCCAGAACCCAGCCGCAGUGAAGCGUCUGCUCUUCUGCACAGGGAAGGUUUACUACGAGCUCACACGUGAACGCAAAGCUCGCGAUAUGGAGGGUGACGUGGCCAUCGCACGCAUUGAGCAGCUCUCUCCAUUCCCCUUCGACCUGGUGAAGGCCGAGACGGAGAAAUACCCCAACGCUGACCUGGUGUGGUGUCAGGAGGAGCACAAGAACCAGGGCUACUAUGACUAUGUGAAGCCUCGCAUGCGCACUACCAUCAACCGCGUCAAACCUGUUUGGUAUGCUGGACGUGAACCUGCCGCUGCUCCGGCCACCGGCAGCAAGAACUCUCACCUCCUGGAGCUGAAGCGCUUCCUGGACACCGCCUUCAACCUGGACGCCUUCAAAGAUCACGUCUAAUUGCGCAUCAGACAAAAAUGCGGUUAUACCGGGGGGAAAAAAACGUGUCCUGUCAGGUCUCAUUACUGCGCCAAAAACACUGCUUUCUCCAGCUUAUGCAUCAGUUGAUACACACACACUUUCAUCUGUCUCUCUCACACACAACAAAGCAGCAAAAUGGUAGUUCUCUGAAAGCACUGAGCACACUUCUUUCCAUCCUACGCACACACAUGCGCGCACACACACACACACACACACACACACACUACUCAUUACUCAUUAGAAUUCUGGAUUUCUUGUUAGACCGUUUCUUGUUCCUUUUAAUUCCAGACAUGUUCCUCUGGGGAAAAACGCCACAACUAAACAGCACAAGUGUUACAUGCUCACGGCUAACACUAGUGUGACCGAUACAGAUAACCAAAGCACAUCAAGUGACCGGUUUCAGAUUUGUUUAAAAAAAAAAAAAAAGUGGAGGCUCUGGUGGCUUUUUAUUCAUUAGAGGAGUUUGUUUUGGGUUUAAAUGCUUAUUUUCCUCCCUUCAGCUUUUAUACACGUAUCCGUGAUAAUCGAUGUCACGCCGGCUUUGAGACUUUGCGAGAGCGUUAUGUACGUGAUCAUGAUGGAAAGAAGGAAGAAAAGUGGUCAUGUGUGUUCAUCACACCUAAAAAAAAAUAUAUAUAUAUAUGUCAGAUAUCAGACCUGUGUAUCCCUCUGACCUCCAGAUUCCUGUACAAACCUGUAAAUUGCUCUUUGCUGCUUUUUUUUUUGUGCUUUCGCCAGGCUACUGACACCCAAAUGUUAUCGAGAGAAUGAUUUCCCUUGGAAAGGCUUUAACUACUAUUUUAUUUCGUUCUUUUGUGGUUUUAUUUCUGCUUCAUCGCCCCAUCACACAUGUACAUAAUCCGAUCGUCUGAAUGUGGUCUGUCAGUUGGUGAUGCUGCGCAACAGAACAGGACACGUUUCCUGACGGUUCUUUUCGAGUUGUACGAUUGUAUUUAUAUGGAUAUAUCCGCACAAAACCAGAGGAGGCUCCUGACCCGUGGUUCGAAAGAGAUUAAUCCAAUAAUCUUUGGAUUAAUCUAAAUUAAUCCAAAUGCAGAAGCAGGAACUAAAAAUAUACAUAUAAUAUAUAUGUAUAUGACGUCUCGCCCGAACCCGGUCGUCCCGAGCCGCCUCGUUCCCGUCUGAGCGUGUUCUCUCAGGUGCGCACACUAAAACCCUGAAAUUUAAAAUAACAAUACAAAACAAGAAACUUCCGCCUGCUGCAAACUACACAUCGUCUGCUCCUCUUCUGCCACACCCAUGUGCCAAAAAUGACCACAACCCCAAAAGAAAUCCCGGUGAUCGGACCGGCUGAAGAAUGCCGGAGGAAACGCACGCCUGGCGUUUCGAGGAAGCAGAUGAUUUUAUUUAUUUUUAUUUUAGAGAAUUUGAAAUCCUGUCCUUGUUUAUCUUCAUUCAAUAAACACAUGUUCUCAGA